UAUUUCAGUUACGAAGACUACCUUCGACGACAAAAGCUUCUGUUAGAAGAAGAUGAGACACCUCCUGAUUCUGUUGAGGCAGUUGCUGCAAUAAAAAAGACGCUCUUUGUUACCCAUCUAUUUCAUCAAACUGUAAUAUCACAUAUCAUCAACUUCUUCAAAGAUGUUGGAGAAGUUGUUCAUGUUCGACUUAUUGUAAAUCACAAGGGCAAGAAUGUGGGCUGUGGCUUUGUUCAGUUUGCUUCUAUUGACGAAGCAAAGAAGGCACUGCGAAAGAAGUGUGGUAAAAAUUUCCUUGGUCGCGAUAUUUUUCUUGACGUGGCUGAGAUAGCUCCAUACCCUCUCCGACCAAGGUACAACCUUGCAGAGAAGCUCUGGUACGAAGACUACCUUCGACAAGAAAGCCUUCUGAUAGAAGAAGAUGAUUUGGAGACCAAACCGAAUCUGAAGAAACAGAAGGUACCUACGAUGGGCGAAUUUUGCGGUAACAAGAUUACCUUCUCUGAAGACUCUGAAGACUCUGAAGGCUAUGAAGUCUAUGAAGGUGAAGAUUAAAGCACAUUGGUGUUUUUAACUUUUGAUACAAUGCAACUUUCUGUUAUUACUUCUGUUUUUAUUUUGUCCAACUUCAGUUUUUAUUUUGUCCAACUUCAGUUUUUGUCUGAACGUAAAUAAUCUUAAUCUUGAAAGCUGUCGUGUGAAUUCAUUACUUGCCUUCAUUUUCAUCUUAGUAAGUGAGAGCCGUAUACUAUUUGAACUGAUUUGCUUGAUAAACCAUAAUCUCCCGAGGGACACACAUUUUCUUUUCUCAUAUUUA